UUUCUCACUCUCACUCUUAUCUUUGGACCCUAAGAAUGAUUUCUCUCUAGAAUUCUUGAAAUGAUAAGAAAAUGUUAUUUUUUUGUUUUUCCCUUUUCCAUCAUCAUAUCAUAAGAGUCAAACCAUUAUAUUAAUAUAAUCCUCCCUCCCUCUCUUAGUCUCUCCCUCCCAGAAUUAGCUUGAGCUUGGAGUGACAGACAACAUGGGCCGACAUUCUUGUAUGGUGAAGCAGAAGCUGAGGAAAGGGCUAUGGUCGCCGGAGGAAGACGAGAAGCUGUACAAUUACAUCACCAAUUUCGGCGUCGGCUGCUGGAGCUCCGUCCCCAAACACGCCGGAUUGCAGAGGUGUGGGAAGAGCUGCAGAUUGAGGUGGAUAAAUUACCUGAGGCCUGAUCUUAAGAGAGGGAUGUUUUCACAGGAAGAAGAAGAUCUCAUUCUCAGUCUUCAUGAAGUUCUUGGAAACAGGUGGGCACAGAUUGCAGCAAAAUUGCCAGGGAGAACAGACAAUGAGAUCAAGAAUUUCUGGAAUUCAUGUCUGAAGAAGAAGCUGAUAAAGCAAGGAAUCGAUCCAAACACACACAAACCCAUGGCAGAAACCCAAGACAACCCAAAGAAUUCCAGUACUCUCCCAUCAGGGCCAAAUGAACUCCCAACUUUCCCAACCACCCCACAAAUGGAGCCAUCAAAGCUCCCAUUUAUGACCACCAAACAAGUCUUCGACCCUCUGUUCUUAUAUGAACCCCAAGAAAACCUCAUCACUUUCCCCUCCGCUUGCAGCUACCUCAACCCAACAACCUACGGCUUUAGCUCCUUGCCAGGUCUGAUGAACUUCGACACAAACGCGCAGAUGACGGAGACAGAUUAUUUCUCGGACGGAUCGAAUUCAAGAAUGGGUUCCAGCAACAGCUCCAACAACAUUGGGACAACCCAGAUGAACAACAACAACAUGGAAAAUGGGUCAAGAUUCUCAUGGGAAGUUGGGAACAGAAUGGAAACUCUGUUUGAUCAAUAUGGGUUCAACAAUGGCGAGAUGAUCAUCAAACCUGAAGAAGAAGAAGAAGAAGAAAGGCAGCUUAUUGAAGCACACUGCCAUGACUAUACAUUGACUUCUCUCCCUCAAGACUUGGGUGGGCCAAAUCUUGAUGUCUUCCACCAACUUUGAACAGUGUACAAUUCAAAAUUUUUUUUGGGGGUUUUAUGUAAUUUUUGGGUUUUAUUGGGGCCCUCCCCUAUGAUAUACAGACAAAAUAUACACAGGUGCAUGUUCAUAGACUUGAGGUGUGAAUUCUUUAUCCUUCAUCCUCUGAUUCCUUGUUUUUCUGGUUUUUUUUUUUUUUUUUUUUUUUUUUUUUUUUUUUCUUAAGUAUACAAGUUUUGUCAAAAUGGAUCUGUAAUUUUACUGGUGUCCUGUUGUUUCAAGAGUUGAGAUUAAUGUUGCUUUGCAUUUUUUGAUGA